AUGUGGAGAGCCAUCAGGCACGCGCCCCAAGAGAGUCUCGACCGACCUAGCAGUUGGUCUGCUCCUCUGCUCUUGCACUUUAACGUUCGUAAGUUUGCGGUCCGGAGACUUCGUAUCAGGAAAACCAGAGAGGAGGGUGAUUCCUUUCGAUACCUCCUUGAUAUACAGCAUUUUUCGAAUGGUGGGGAACAAAAAAGACCUCCGCAUCCCUUUGACCUACUCGCUUAAAUCAUCCUCACAGUGCAUAGAGGUAGCUCAACGCGCGACUCAGGUAUUUUUCUCUCCAACGGCUACUGCUAUAACACCCGGAGAGAUUUCGAUAAAGUAAAGUUUUAGUUCGUCAAAUUUCGUUAUGAGGCUCUGGGUAUUUGUAUGCAAGCACUUCACUUUUGCGCUGGCCGAAUUUCCGACUGCAUUUUUCACAGUUGUGGGUGUUUCUGCGUUGUCUUGGAAGUCAUCUUCCCCAUCCUGUCCCGCUGCUUAAUAAGUUCUCUUAAGGUUUGUUUCUUCGGUCAGAAUACUGGGCGUUAAGGGCUAACCUAUGCUGUCUCUUCGAGCAGUUAAUUCCACGAUAGUGUCUGCGCUAGCUGACUACCUGCUGCCGUUCUAAGUAGUACUGGCCGGUUCAGCUGAAGCGGCAUAUCUUUCUGAACUAUUUUUCUGUUGAGGAUAGCCAGGCUAUUUUCGCCACGCUUCAGUUUCGAUUUCGAUUCAGAGGCAAGUUUCCGGCGUCUCAGCCGUUCCCAUGGAGAGUAGCCUGUCUGAAAAGUCUGUUUAUGACAGUUCUUGAGAUUGGCUUUUUUUGAACAGAGUCAAAUUGAUUUGCUCUUUGUUCUUCCGUAUAAUUUUGAGAGGACGAGGUGAUACUGCUGUUGUCCUACUUUCCCGACCCAAAAUGUUUUCGGAAUUUUCAUUUCCGCCUCUGCCUGUAAUAAUUGGUUUAUGAGGCCACGAAAAGAUGCAAGAUUCUCCGAGACAGGAUCUUCAGGGCUGACUGCAUUUGAUUCACACAAGCCAUGAACAACCAAAUACUGUUAGAGUCUCGGUACUCUAUAUUUUGUUUUUCUGAAGAGUUCUGUGUGUGAGGACAAGAAUGAUUUACGGUGUCCCGCUUGGAUUAAACUUUUACUGUCGACUAAAUGUCCCAGAAACCCAUCAGGACUGGUUGUGGCUUCAUACUCCUGCUAUGACCUUUUCCCUUCUCCGCUACCCAAAAGUUCCUGUCUCCGCACUCAAAUUUGUGCUCUAUAAAGCAUUUAGGGUGGUUAUGAGAACAAGAGGGCAAAGGUAGAUUGAAGGACCGAGAUAUAUCGUCCCUUGGCAAACGGGAACUCCCGCAGUUUGCAGAAAGAGGUGAAGACGAGUUGGCUUCCGCGAAGGUAAUAUUUUUGUGUCAUCGCUUAGAUCAUCUUGCGUAGAAAUCGGGUCCGCCUUUGUUAGUGACUUCGUUACCAAGUGGGGUUACCAACCUCGUCGCAGUAACUGAGCGGCAGGCGUUGUAAAGUUUUUCAAAUAUGUUCGGUAUUUCUUCAGUCAGUAUUAUGUUAGAUGCAGCAUGUGCGACAGGUGACGCUUUGGCAGACGACUACCAGUUUGAUAGCCUGUUUUCGGGCCUAAAGUCAGGCGGCGCCAAGUUCUUUAACGUUCCCCGUGAAUGGUUUUAGAAGAGCUGACCUAACUUUCUGACCAACUAACACGGCCACACAUACGCGCAUUCAGACAAGUAAAUCUUUCCACGUGUAAUUUGGGCACACCACCCCUGGGCCAAUGCAAGGUGGACCGCUGCACACGUCAACCUCCAGAAAGUGGAACACUACAGUUUGACUGAUGCAAGUGAUGGCCUUACUGCGUGUUCAGAGGAGUCGGCGUAAGGGAUUCUUACGAGGCUUGCGGGAACUAUUGAAGUCGACAGACAACCCUUUUUAUAAACAAAAUCAAUCAAACAAAUCAGACUCGUUUGUGAAUGUAUAAGAGCAAAGGGCUUGUAGAUCAAUGUACAGGGAAAAUGCAGUCGAAGCAUAUCAACAAUAAGGAUACGUUUCUGAAAUUUCGGAAGCUUUCGCGGGCAUCUAUCACCAAAAUGAUAAUAGGUGUUAGCUUUUACCACAUGCCGAUCCCUCCAACAUCCAAUCAGCAGGUCAAAAUGAACUCAUUGGGCGGACGAAUUUCUGGACUCUCGAUCACCAGAUAAUAUAUAGGUGUUUCCUACGUUAUACCUACAAUGCGUGGUCUCUUAUCCUCGAGCUAUGCUCAUGGCUUAGUCGUCAUCGCUGUGAAAACACAUGCGACUGUUCUAGAUCGGGGUUUCGAGGUGAAGAAAAAAGGGCCCUUCAUAAUUACAAUCCGGAAAGAUCGGUUAACCCGCUGCCGUCGUUCCACUGUCUAUAGGAGAUUGAGUGCCCUAGUGCUCUAGUGUCAUAUGUAUAGCCCUCUGGAACGAACCCAAAGGUCAAUACGAAGGCGGCUCAAGGAAAGUUAGACUCUAGCAGCUACUAUGUACUCAACGUACUAUAUAAAAUAAGAAACUAAAGGGGACCUAAUUAAAAAAAUAAACUAGAGCAGGGCGUGAUUGUCCAGAGGAGGUUGGCGGAGAGCGAAGGGAUUCGAUGAAGACGGCGACAGAGGUCCACGUUCGAAGGACGGCGGCCUGCCACGGAGUUGCUGGAGUUUAAUCCACGCCCGCAUUUAUAGCAUCUCCAGGCGCCAAGGUUUAAUCCACCAUUGUUGAUUGGUUGGGGUAGGUUUAGGGACGAGAGUUAGGUAAACUUAAGCUAGAGCCGUUCCCAUUAAUUUUCGGCUGCAUUAAUUUAUUAUAUGCACACUUUUUAUAAGAAGCUAAAUUGCGACUAAGCACCUGUAGUAUAUACACAAAAAAGUUUGGCGCGUGCGCCCCCCUAUAGGGGCGCACCAUCUAGAACUUCCUACAAGGUGGCGGCGCAUGGGUUAGCUUCUAGAACUUCCUACACCACCACUCCUCGCCGAGAGAUCAACUUCCCCCGGAAUUGAUUUCACAUGACUAUGGGUUUCAGUACAAUCCCUGCUGGCACAUGGCUCUACCCUAAGGUAGGGGUCGAAGUUGGGUAGAGAGGAUCGAUCAGAGAUGGACGAGACAACGAAACGGUCCGAGGUGUCGUUCGUCUUUCAUUUUUAGCACGACUGGUUAAUAGCACUAUGAGGUUUUGCCGCAAAAAUGUUGUAGGUGCGCUCCUUGGGCAGAUCAUAUUUCAGGUACAAUCGCGCAGGCGAACUAUUUCCCGUUAUCAAUUUUCGAAGUAGUACGAUAGACUGGAUUGCCUGUCGAAAUAUCAGCAGUUGUCCCCCUCCAUCGGCAUAUACAUGGCGGUGUCGACGAACAGGAUUUCAGCAGGCAGCCCAGUUCAUCCGGGCUAUUCGAAAACAAAUAACGGGAAUUUGUUCAGUUGCGUAAUUGUUUCUAAUGGAUGUCCUACUCACUCUAUUUGUACUGCAAAAUUUGAGAUGUAUUAUUCUUUGAACCAAAAGCAAAUAGCAAACGGCCCCUUGGAUUGGACUAUGGGACAGAUAGGAAGUUCCACCAUUAUUUCUGAAAUACUUAGACAAUAAACAAACGAUCCUGGCGCUACAUAGGAAAGCUUAUUCAUGUAGUUUAUGAAAAAGACAACGAAACAGUGAAUUAUGUAGAAAAGGACCACUCGUCAGCCCAGAAUUGAUCUAGUUAAGACUGGUUCUGCGCUAAGUUUGGUAAAAGUAUCCCGCUGGUCUACUUAUAAAAUAUGUUCACCGCAAUUGGUCGAUUAAAGAAAAAGGAGGGAAUGGAGUGCGUUCUGACACCACAAAUGUUCUAACUAUGCGAAUUGAACAAACUAAUUAUUUAAACAUUGCCUAACUCCAGACAGAGCUAAACUAAUACGAUAAUUAAGGUGGCGAGUGUUAAUUUGAACUUAGAUCAUCACCAGCAUCGGUUGGUGUUUUGUUUGUGUGAAGUGAUGCAAAGGGGGAUAUGGUGUCCAGCUGUAACGCCCCUGGACUUGGACAGAGUUGUUCGAAUGAGGUGACACUUUUUGCGCGAGGACCUAGGGUGGAGAUGGCGUAGGCGCGUGUCGGUGAAGAUAACCGGUGUCCCUCCCUCUCUCUUCUGCCGAUCCCUUUCCCCCUCGUCGUACCGUAACGUAUCGUCCGAACCGCUUGCCUCAUCGCUACAUCGGCACUCCCUCGACCCUUCCCUGCAGUUGCCCCCAGCGCUGCGCUCCCCACCGGUUUACUAGCUGGCAUGUUGGCAUCGUCUCUCCACCCAGACAGGUCAUUCUACCGAUGUAACCGUCCUACUUGUACUAUUAACGAUUAUUAUACGAUUCCCCGUGCAACCUCGUAUUAUUACACUUUACCUCUUAUUUGACAUGCCUUCUUCUUCUGUGUAUGGAUGUGUAUCAAGGAAUGCUAACAGCUCCGUUCAGGUCUAUCCCGGCCAAGAGUCCUUCUCGGCGUUCCCUUACUCCGGUGUGUGCUACCCUUGACGUCCUCGGCCGCUACAUUGGUGGCAGCGGUGGGAUGGAGAGGAGCACACACCUCCCACCCUCCCAAGCUCCAACUCCAGCAGCACUGAGGACAGUGCUGCAUCUCAGGAGGAGGCUAUGUAACGUCCAGUGAUCUGACAUGGUUGUUUGAAUGUCGUGACACAUUUGGCGCGCGGGCCUAGGAUGGAGAUGGCGUAGUCGCAUGUUGGUGAAGAUGGCCGGUGUCCCUUCCACUCUCUUCCGCCGAUCCCCUCUCCCGCUCCGUAUCGUAUCGUAACGUUCGUACCGCUUCCCACACUACAUCGGCAACCCCCUCGGCCCUUCCCUGCAGUUGCCCCCAGCGCUGCACUCCCCACCGGUUUUCCAGCUGGCAUGUUGGCCUCGCCUAUCUAUCCAGACAGGUCACUCGACGGUUGUAACUCAUUCCGUUUGUACUUUUAACUGUCAUUAUACAUCUUUUCAAUUCCAUUUUCUGUUCAUUAUAUCUUCCGUCCGCUGAUCGCUUCUUCUUCCUUUAUGUAUGGAUGAGCAUCGUGAACUGCUAACAAUCGUAUUCAGAUCAACACAAGCCGGGAUCUCUUUAUCGAUAUUCUGUUACGUGGUCGUGUGCUACCCUUGACGUCUUCGGCCGCUACACAGCGGCCCCAGUGGGAUUGCAUAAACGGCGGAACCGUAUAUGCUGUCCUUUGGUAUACAAUGAAGCCGUCAGCAAAUCUAUUUAUAAACGACAUUAAAUCCUCCGCAAAGUACAGUCGCGCUGGUGAGCUUAUGAACAAUUAUACGACGGACUCUGCAACACUAGUGCAGCUAGCUACACUGUAGCUGCAGUAAAUCAUUCCGCUGAAGUGCAGAAGAUCUGCCAUUUAACUUUCAAAAACUGGACAGCAAAUUUUCAACAAAAAUGUAGUUUCAGAUAAACCCACGAAAACUAUGCAUAAUACCAUGGCAAAGCUGUCAUUUGAUUGCUAUUGCGCGCGAUGAAUUGCAGUUGAAUGACAGCCCUGUGGAUUUCUUGUCCGCGGACAAGAGAUCCGUAACGAAAUAGAGACAGAAUCUUUGCUUGUGGUGUAACAGGAAUGACAGCUCAGUGUAGUUACACUGUUGUGUCCAGCGUCGUGACAUAUUUUGCUUCGAAGCGAGUUUCGUUGUAGAUCUACAACAAAAUUGUCUCUCAAGCGUACUUCAAGUAUUAGAAUCGUUGUAAUCGCUUGACACUCGCCGAGUAAUAUGUUGUUUGUAAUACUACAUUGAUGAUGUACCGACCCAUUAAUCUUUUCUAGUAAUCAUGUUACGUAGUUGAUGUACCUGCAACGUCGUCAUACGCUAUCCCUCCAUGUGGUUUUCUAUCACAAAUAGUCUUUUUGGCGAAUGACUCUUUAUCACGACGUUUGCUGGUUUGCUUUAUUCCCUCAAAAAGUUCUUGGAAAUCCUUCGACCGUCUUAGGUACUACGUUUUUCUGCACAAAUGUGCACUCACUGAAAACUUUCGCUUUAAUAUUUAACGUAGGAACUGGGCCACCGUUACGCUUAUGAAAAAACCUACACCGAGACGCCUUCUUUGGUACAUUUACACCAGUUUUUACUUUACAAUAGAGGUCGGGAUGACACAGUAUUUGCUGCCGCAGUCCCCCUAGAUAGUCUUCAAAGGGGAGCAGAGAAAAGGAGUCAAGGUGUUCGUGGCGUUGUUUGUAGUCACAAACGGGCAAAAUUCUUUAUAAUGUAAAAAGUUUCCGAUUUGCAUACGGGCUGUUAGAUUUUAGGGAACAAUAUAAGAAACGUCAAAAAUGCCAUUUUAAAAAGUCACUGAGAACAGCAAUGUCGAGGUAAAGCAAAAUGGCCUGUAUCGUAGCGCUUCCUUGACCCACCUUCGCCCAACUUCACUGAUAAAAAAUAACCGGCAGGCAAGCAUUUAAUAAAUUUGACCAUUCAAUUGUGUUUCGCAUAAGUAGGGACGAUUCUGUCCGGCCGCCCGCCUCUCGACACUGACUAUUAGCUUCUUAACGAAUCAGCCCAGACUACAGGGUAAGAGAGGGGACAUUCCCUUUUUGUGUUCACCGUAUAGUGAACCAAAAAGUCCUCAUCCGCUUGCUCCUUCUAGUCACUUUCAGGAUAAUUUGCUUUUGCCUUAUAUGCUCUAACAAGUUCAUCCUGCACCCACCCCUGCUACGCUCUCACAUUCUUUACGGCAAUUAGUCAUAAGACUCAAGAGCCCAAAUGACCUCAAGAUAUUUGCUCUCGCGAACAGGAUGUCCUCCGCAAGCAUUUAUAAGAUUCUGGAAUAUAAAACCAGGCAAGAGCUCUGACGAACUAGACUAUUUAGACUGGUUUUCGAUAUUCCAUCGCUAUUUCUUUAUGCUUCAACAUUCUCGUAAUUUGUCAUCAACCUUUACUUACUCUGUGAAAUAACCUUUCCUGUCGUAAUUUCCUUCCACUUUUGGCAUGAUGAAGUUCAUUCCAUUCGUUUCUUGCUACUGGCGACAACGAACGCUGUGUCAGAGGACACAUACCACAUAUAAUACACGAGCAGCUCGCUAAGAGUGCAACAGGCCAGUGGCGGACAGAAUGGGAUCGAGUGAGAUCCUAACCACAACAGUGAGGGUCAAACGCCCACUUGACAUGCUUAUAUACCUCACUUCAUAAGGCCUAUGACGUACUGAUGAUCGGUAACGACCGUGAAACAGCUGUCUGCGUCUGGCCUGUUGCACUCUUAGCGAGCUGCUCAUGUAUUAUGUGGCAUGUGUCCUCUGAUACAGCUUUCGUUGUCGCCAGUAGCAAGCUGGCGGGCGGGCAGAAUGGGAUCGAGUGAGAUCCUAACCACAACAGUGAGGGUCAAACGCCCACUUGACAUGCUUAUAUACCUCACUUCAUAAGGCCUACGACGUACUGAUGAUCGGUAUCGGCCGUGAAACAGCUGUCUGCGUCUGGCCUGUUGCACUCUUAGCGAGCUGCUCAUGUAUUAUAUGGAUAAGUUUAUAUCGGAGAAGACUUGCACAGCGUCUACCACACUCCCUCCACACCCACUUAGCUCCGAUAACGAAGGAAUUUCAAGAUGGCGCAGUGAAUAGCAAACCUAAAAAUACCCUACACGCGUGUCACAAAUGACCCGAUCUCCACAACAUGUACCAGACUUCCAGGAGGACAGCUCGAAUUCCACAGCAGUGCGUGCCAUAAAGGCCACAUUAAGAUAGGGCCACUGCAGCCGGACUCUCAGUCCAGAAAAGGGUCGACUUUAGACAGAAUGGCAUUACUGACAAAGACAAGAGAGACUGAGGUGGCCGUUUCUGGCUCAUUAACCGUCAUCAGCCAGUCAUACUCGACCCCGAAGUGUGGAACACCUGGGCUCGGUCUCGCGACCUGUUGGUUAGAAGUCCAACGCCCCUAACUUCUAAGCCACAGGCUCGCUGUCCUGUCGGUUGCGAUCGGGUUGGGCUCGAGAGAAAACCCCAGGGCACGAGAGGGGUGAGUUCCGUAACACGCUCGGUGAGCGCCGUUCUACCAGGGAUCGACUUAUCUCGUCAGUUGGCAACCUCCGAGUCACGACUCUUAGCACAUCGUAGUAGAUUCGAACGCGUCUGAUUUUUCAUAGGAAGGAUUACGCUGAUCUGCCGCGAGGGUGGAUUCCUUAGUGUCGGCCUUAUUCAUUCCUCCUUCCAUGCACAAGUCGAUUGUCCGAGCUGGUUAACCAGUAUGUGAUAGGAUGAUUGGUGACUGAGAAUCCUGGAAGGCCUAUGUCUAGGGCUUGCCACCUCACGCUUGUACGGCAGUGAUUGGGGACUCACACGAACUCAGCACAACCGACUAACGCGCGCCACGAGCCAAUCCUCCCUCCGCUUUGGUCCACAGCAUAUGCAACCCAAUGCGUUGAGUUGAUCACAAAACGCCUGAUACAUAUCACAUAAGCCAGCCGGCAUCCUCGUACCAACCGCAAAAACCGGUGUUCACGUGCGUUUGGCGGACAAACCUACAUUACUAAGUAGCUGGAGGCCGGUUGAUUUUUAGCUUUUUACUCCGCUCAGAGGUGAAUACGCUAACUUGAAGUAGAUUAUUCGAAAUUAAGCUUUGUGCGCCAGGUCCGAAAGUUAAUGUGACCUCCCCAAUAUGCACCUACGCGUUCACUUACUCCUGUGAAGCAGGUUAUAUUGGUGGAACAGCAAGGCGCCUAUCCAAGCAGAUGCGAGAGCACCAUCCUGCCUGGUUAUAUCAAGGUGAGGAAAAGUCCAUUUCUAGCGCCAUUGUGGCUCACUUGGUCGACACCGGCCACCAGGCAGACGUCAACCAAGCAUUCCGUGUCAUCUAUAAAGGUCCUGUAAGACUCUCCAAGUCCCUGCGUCAACGGAUACUUGCGACAGCGGAGGCGGUGGCCAUACGACUAAUGAAUCCAGUCUUGUGCUUGCGGAAGACCUUAAUUAAAGCCCUCCUAUUAUCCUGGUCAAAGCUGAAUCAUGAAGCUUCAAACCCGCACCAUGACACGUCGCGCCACAGCGACGAAACGUAAGCGCAACUCAAUCAGACUGCCCUACCUCCUCCCCUCCCCCUUCCCGUACCACUGACAAAAACCAGACCAUAAUUGUCCCGUUGUUCCACAAGUCUAAAUACACUUACCCCAAGUUAUGAUCACUAUUCAUAAGUUGUUUUACUUCUCAAAUUUCGCUGCUCUACCUAUACCUAUAUUUAUGUACUGACCUGAAGAACAAUUGAAACUGUACGUUCGCCCAAUUGAACUUCCUCAAUGUGUAAGUGGGAACCAUCACAGAACUUAAUGUGAAUACUUCAGCCGUAAUUCACCACCUUCAACGGGAUAACCGCAUGAUAUUCGUAAAUCAUCAAGAGGCAAUCAGUAGUCUAUGCAUGUUGUAUUAUUGUCUGGAGUAUGCCGUGGGUGUAUUUGGAGCGUCCGUCACACCAGUUUACAACUUCCGGACGCAGGCAACGUCGAAGACGGAGGACAACAGAAUAUCCAGCAUCUAGGACAAUCUCUAGGAAAGUGCAUUUUCCUACUAAUUCGGUUGGGAAAGAAAUCGAUUGUCGUGAAAUGGAAGUCCUUGUGAAACAGUAUUUGCGGCUUGUUCCUUCUGUAAUUUCGAUUAAUAGAAACAAGACUUAUCGAGACUUUUUGUUAAAUUUUGUCAACCUGAAUAUUCAGUUUUUGCAGUAGGAAGUCCCCUGUCCACAGCCAUUUUCUUUAGAUGGACUACCAACAGGUCCGAGAACGACUGCAACAAUCACGCGCGUCCCGAUCAUCCGAAUCUCCAACAAAGCAAUGUCUGAUGAACAUCUCCCCACCCGUUGCUCACCCUUCGUCUGUGCAAGUGGAAUCAACUGAUGCGGACGUUCAGGUCGGUACGAACGCCCGUUUGCCAGUGGCUUUCUUACAUUUUUAUCAUAAUUGUUCGUAGGAGUGGUUUUCGCGCUCUUGUCUCCUUGCAUUUGUUCAGUUUCCUCGUCAAUAGUAGUUAUUUAGAUUUCAGUUAUCAGCCAACAACGCCUGUGCUUGCCUUCGCCCGAACUUACUAUCUUGCUCUGGGUUUUCUUGACAAAGGUUCCUCCAGAUUGGCUGAAACCAAUCAGCACUUGGCGUGUCCAGCUGGCUUUUACUCUCAUUUUGUGGAUUUCACUGGUGCACGUCGGUUUCGGCGCCAUAUUUUUUGUUCUCGCCUGCAUCUACUGGUUAUGGGCCUGGGGCACAGAGACUAGAAGGCGUACCCGGAAACCAGAUACAAUCCAAGCCGGUUGGUAUUUCGACACUCGAAUGGGCAUUUGA